AUGCUUCUCAACGCCUCGCACAAGCUCAGCUUCAGCGGUCUUCCCCCCGAUCUGCUCGAUGCCUAUGUGCGGUACAAGAAAAACACACGGGCUCUGUUGACUUGGUUCCUCCAGCACAGUCCAGCGCCACCCAAACCAGUCAAGAGCUUAACCAUCAAGGAACUUGAGUCUAUGGCUCAAGCGGUGUCCAAGAAGCUUCGUUCUCUGCCCGAUGUUGUUCAUUUCUACUUCCGAGAGACGAUUGCAGAUCGGAAGAGGUUCAGCAAUCUCGCAAAAAUCUACGACGAUCUCUGCGUUUGUUGUGGUGGCCUCAAGUCGCAGCACCGCAAAUCGUCAUCCUCAUCUCCAGUCUGCCCUUCACUCCGUCCAGUCAACCAGUACGAGGGCUUGACAGUCGAGGAAGCCGAGGACUAUGAAGGGCAGAACACUGGGAAAAUUGCAGCUCCGGGCGGGUCCAAGCCCACCACGCCACCGCCAUCGUCGACUGGCGGCCAAGGUUUGGACAUACAUCUGGCAGAUGACGAACUCGGCAGGGCCCUCGAACUGGCAGCCGCCGCGCAACAAAUCCACGACAUCUCCUCCUCCGUCGACCUUUAUUGGCAGCUUGCUGGAAAGGGCCAAAUCUCGGUCGCAGUCGCAUCUUUCAUCACCAAUGUCGCUCUUGCAUCACUACGCCAGGUUGUUAACGAGUUGCUUCAGCAUGAUGAAGACUUUUGCUUUUCAGACUUGCAUGAUAUAUGCUCCUUCGAUCACGCGGCGAGUCCAAUUGAAGUCGGCACUAAAAAGCUCAUGUGCACCAACCAAGCCCUGUUGGGUCGAUUGCAACAAAUCGAACAAACCCUGUCGGACCUGUCGAAUGGUCCCUUGCCUUUUGGUGCCCCAUCUUGCGCCAGGUGUGGUCUCAAAGAGGCACAAGAAGCCCAGGCAAAAGUCAUCAAGGACAACGCCAACAGCCAAUACCUCUCGUCAGCCAUCAUCGAGAAGAUUGUCGACUUGGUACAUAGCAAAGCGGCAACAGUGGAGAUUAUCAAGGCCAGCACUCCCGUCUGUUUGGAUCUAGGCGAUAUCAUUACGGACCCGAAGAAUAAUACGAAGACUUGGUCGGCUGUUCUGGGAUUGAACCUCCUAACCCAAAGUUACGGGGCCUUUCUUCGAUCCCUUCCGAAGCCACAAAUGGCAUCACAAGGUCGUAUCAUGGCACUGAAACUUGCACACCAGGCUCGCUCUCAGGUUACGACAGUUUUGAGCAACAAGACGGCCUUUCCCUGCCGCUGUCCUCAGACUCUUGGCUGCCACCUACAAAACCUGGAAACCAACCUGCAGGAGUAUGCAAGCCACAACUGCUGGGACCUGGUUUUCCAAUCGCCAUGGGUCGCUGGGAAUCACGUCCUCGAAAUAUUGGACCUGUGCCAUUACUAUGGGCUGCACUUACUCAAAUAUCGGCAUUACGUGGGGGCGGUGCUGCAUUCUUACAACGUUCUCAGGCAACUAGGCGGGCUAGAGGAAAACUCGACGCUGGAAAAACUAUGCUCUCAACUUCGCGAUGUCUUGUUCCCUGCUUCCAAUCCGCCAAAGUCAAACUUUCGCGCUUGCUGGGCUAGACACGUGGGUGCCAGGUUGAAAUUCGAAAAGGGUCACAAAGGCAAGAGCAAACAUGACAAUUGGUGUCUCGCUAUCCCUGCGCACGCGGCGAAGGCGGCGGCUGGAUUUGACAUUCCCAACCACCAACAGAAGGUCGGAUCGGGCUGCGUGGUGUUCCACAUUAAGCACAAGAAUUACCACGUCAGUGAUGAUCAAUUGAAGAACCUUAGUGCCCCCCUUGAGCGCCUCCGGCAAACGCGGGGAGAAAUGGAAGCAAAACUUGUGUGCAAGAGUGACUUACCGAUAAUUGAACCGGCCAUGCAGAAUCCAAGACUUCUCCCGCUUGUUCUGGCGACUCACGGGGUAUUGACCAAUGGUGUUCGCGGAUUCUUUCCUAUGGCUCGGCUGAACCUCUUUGCGGUGUUUGAGCGAUGCCUCCGUGUGGUCUUACUGGUCUCGGACAAGAUGCAUACUGACAAUGAGGCUGAAAAGGGAAUUGCUUGCAUCUGCUUCUGCACUGAAAUUUUCAUCGCCGCGGAUCGUAUUGUUAAGGGCAGACGGCUGGGCAAGCUUGAAGCAUGGAAAGAACACGAGCGCAAGCUUGUUGAGGACACGAAAGAAGCAAUCCAAACAGUCUUUGGGGGCAUCUCAGAGGAUGAGUUGUUGUGGAAUGCCUGA